AUGUCGACCAAGGGAAUCCGAAUUGCCAUUGACAGAGGCGGGACAUUCACUGAUGCUUGGGCCCAAAUCCCUGGUCGACAACAAGAUGUGGUGUUCAAAGUGCUCUCACAAUGCCCCGAAGAGUAUGAAGAUGCUCCCACGGAAUGUAUACGACAGAUCUUGGAAAUUGCAACCGGUUCCCAGAUCCCGCGAGGGGUGCCUCUCGAUCUCAAACCCAUCGAGUUCAUCCGGAUGGGCACGACAGUGGCUACAAAUGCUCUGCUGGAAAGGAAAGGGGAGCGAGUAGCCUUGUUGAUCACGAAAGGGUUUCGAGACAUCCUCAGAAUCGGAAACCAGGCCCGGCCAAACAUCUUUGAUCUCUCAGUACACAGACUCAGCAAACUAUAUGAGACCGUUGUCGAAGUUGACGAGCGAGUGACGAUCGAGGGAUUUGCAGAAGAUCCAGACCCGAAGCCCAUUGACGUUGGUUCAGAUCCUAAUCUGAGGACUGGGCUCACCGGGGAGGCCGUCCGAGUAAUCAAAGUUCCAGAUGACCAUGUCGUGCGUCGAGAUCUGCAGAUUCUAUGGGACCAGGGCUAUAGAAGUGUGGCUGUAGCUAUGCUGCACUCGUAUACGUACCAGGAUCAUGAAUUGGCCAUUGCUCAAAUCGCGAGGGACAUGGGAUUCAAGGUCUCAUCGUCGUCCGAGCUCCAGACUAUGGCAAAAAUCGUACCUCGAAGUCAGUCGGCUGUUGCUGAUGCCUAUUUGUCACCUAUCACCGACGACUACCUUACCAAUUUCCGAAAGGGUUUCCUCGGGAGAUUCGAAGAUGAACAUGCCAACAAAUUGUUCCUGAACCAGUCCGAUGGUGGACUCACGACUUUCAAUAACUUUACUGGCCUCCGAGGAGUUCUCAGCGGGCCUGCUGGUGGCGUUGUUGGUCUUUCGAAAACAUGUUACGAUCCACUUGACGGAACUCCAGUUCUCGGAUUUGACAUGGGCGGCACGAGUACGGAUGUUGCCCGUUAUGCAGGAUCCCUUGAACAUAUUUUCGAGAGCACCAUUGCAGAGGUGACGAUCCAAACACCCCAAUUGGAUAUCAACACAGUGGCUGCUGGAGGUGGCUCGAUGCUUUUCUGGGAGAACGGCUUGUUCAAAGUAGGUCCUAGCAGUGCUGGAGCCAACCCCGGGCCGGCGUGCUAUGGAAAAGGAGGUCCUCUUACGGUGACUGAUGCGAACUUCUUUCUGGGAAGAAUAAUCCCGGAUUUAUUUCCUCGAUCUCUGGAUCUUGAAGUUGUCAAGAAGAAGUUUGCCGAGAUCACCGAAAAAAUCAACAAUGACAGGGAGGGCGGUACCAAGCUCUGCGCCGAAGAGGUUGCUGCAGGGUUUUUGUCCAUUGCAAACGCAACCAUGACUCGACCAAUUCGGACAUUAAGUGAAGGUCGAGGGUUUGAGACAGCGGGUCACAAUCUGGGGUGUUUCGGUGGCGCUGGCGGUCAACACGCUGUCGCCGUUGCCAGAGACUUGGGUAUUCGACGGGUGAUAAUCCCCAGAUACUCGAGCAUUCUCUCCGCCUACGGAAUGGCGCUCGCUGAUGUCACCGUGGAGAACCAGGAGCCAGAAGCCCUUACGUGGGCGGAUAGCGUGUUGCCAAAGCUCAAGGCUCGGUUCGAGAGGUUGUGUGCGGCUGGCGUUCGAGGUCUGAUUGCUCAAGGCUUCAUCGCGUCGCAGAUCAAGCAUGAGCUUUAUCUUAGCAUGAGAUAUCAAGGCAGUGACACUGCGCUCAUGAUUCAGCAGCCCACAGAGAGCUUCGAUUUCGACAAAGCUUUCACGGAGCGCCAUUAUCAAGAGUUCGGCUUCACGCAACCACGUGAUAUCUUGAUCGAGGAUGUCAGAGUCAGAAGCAUCGGCAAGGGCGCAGACCUGCAUCUGAAAAGUCCUUUUGAGGAGCUGCAGCGUCUGCGGACGUCUCCCCCUGCAACUCCAGUUCAGCCGGAGUCAAUGCGCAAAGUGUAUUUUGAGUCUCAAGGAUGGACAGACACGGGCGUCUUUUUCCUCCAAGACCUCCCAAUCGGCACCCAUAUCAAAGGUCCUGCUAUGGUAGUCGACAAGACGCAGACGAUUGUCGUUGACCUGGCCAGUGAGGCAACCGUUCUCUCGGAGCACUUGAUCCUCGAGAUCAUGGAUGUCGAAAAGGGUCGGGUAGCCACCGACGUUGUCGACCCGGUGCAAUUGAGUGUUUUCGGCCAUCGAUUCAUGAGCGUGGCUGAACAGAUGGGACAAACAAUGCAAAAGACUUCCAUCUCAGUGAACAUCAAAGAACGACUCGACUACUCAUGUGCCGUCUUCUCUGCAGAUGGUGGACUGGUGGCCAACGCACCUCACAUUCCUGGUCAUCUAGGCUCUAUGAGCUAUGCCAUUGCAUACCAGGCUCGCUUAUACAAGCCGGGCGAGCUGAAGCCUGGAGAUGUCUUACUCAGUAAUCACCCCUGUUCAGGUGGAACACAUCUUCCCGAUCUCACUGUGACAACACCUGUCUUUGACGAUGACGAAAACCCCACCGAAAUCCUCUUCUUUGCCGCCAAUCGAGGUCACCACGCUGAUAUCGGCGGGAUCCAACCGGGCUCUAUGCCACCAAACUCCACGGAGCUGUGGCAGGAGGGAGUUGCUGUCGAGUCCUUCAAGAUGGUGAAAGAAGGGGUGUUUGAUGAAGCAGGACUGAAGCAUAUUCUGGUCGAUAUUCCUGCCUCAUAUCCUGGGUGUAGCGGUACACGCACUCUUCGGGACAACAUUGCAGAUCUCAAAGCUGCCGUGGCGGCCAACAAUCGAGGAAUCCAGCUUAUUAGAGGCCUGGUUAACGAAUAUUCGUGGCCUGUUGUCCGAUUCUAUAUGGAUGCCAUCCAGAAUAACGCAGCACAAUCCGUGCGCGAGUUGCUCAAAGUCUUCGCGAAGCGUUUCCAGGGGACCGAUCUCCAGGCGAUGGAUUAUCUCGAUGAUGGUACACCAAUCGCACUGAGGGUUGAGAUCGAUGAAGAAACAGGAGAUGCCGUCUUUGAUUUCAAUGGUAGUGGUCCGGAACACUUUGGAAAUCUCAAUUGUCCCCCAGCAGUGAUGUACUCUGGUAUCAUGUACUGCUUAAGGUCGAUGAUCUCCUCGGACAUUCCACUAAACCAAGGCUGUUUGAAACCAAUCAAGAUCAAAGUGCCGGAGAAUUCCAUUCUUUCACCCUCACUAAAAGCAGCGACUGUGGGAUCGAAUGUCGAGACAUCCCAACGAAUCGUCGACUUGAUCUUCAAAGCAUUCCAAGCUUGCGCAGCGUCCCAAGGAACCUGUAACAACUUGACCUUUGGCUAUGGAGGAACUGAUGCAAAAACUGGGAAAGUCAUACAAGGAUUUGGAUACUAUGAGACUAUUGCAGGAGGCUCUGGAGCUGGCGCUGACUGGGACGGUGAAAGUGGCGUUCACACACAUGUCACCAACACGAGGAUUUCAGAUCCCGAGAUCUUCGAACGGCGUUAUCCAGUCAUUCUUCAUGAGUUCUCGAUUCGUCAUGGCAGUGGUGGCGCUGGUCUUCACCGCGGAGGAGAUGGAUGCGUGCGAGAUAUUGAAUUUCGAAUACCCAUGCAGGUCUCGAUUCUGUCCGAACGCCGAGUCAUUGCUCCUUAUGGCAUGGCAGGAGGAGAGGAAGGAAAGAGAGGGAUCAAUCUGUGGAUUCGCCGAGAUGCGGAAGAUGGCACUACGAGAACCAUCAGCUUGGGUGGUAAAGCAACCACGCCCAUGAAUGCUGGAGACCGUAUCAUCGUUCUCACCCCCGGUGGUGGUGGCUAUGGUCCAGACCCAAAUGCAGUGGUAAGUAAACCUAUCAUUGGGGCUUUCAAGAUUGGCGAUAAAUUCUCCAACAAUGUGAGAACUCAGGGAAGUUUGGCAGAGAGAAAUGCCAAAGCGGUGGGCAAUUAG